AGUCGCGCAUAGCUCAUCGAAACCGAGGAAGAGACGCAACGAGAGAGCGAGCGAGACAGCGGACAGGCGACGAGACAGAGAAGGAGACAGCGACGGUCAGGGUAAAAGGAGAGGGAGAGGUAGAGGGAGACGGAAGCGGAGACGGAGACAGAGACGGAGACAUUGAGCGCCUGCCGCCCCCUCUUUUGUAAUAAAUAGCGCUGUGCGAGACGACCACACUACCAAACGGCAAAAGUCCGCUGAGAGCGACGCAACGUAGGCCACAAAGGCCCGCAUACCACCACCCCCAACCACCACCCCCUUCGAUAGACAACACACCAGAACAACAACAACAACAGAACUACACCCCCCUUGAACGAAGGGAAGAAUAGUGAAACAGCUGGAACAAAUAAAAAAAAAACACCACGCUGACCAAAACAAAAGCAAAAAUUAGCAACUGACCAAAGGGAAUCAUUAAAAAAAUCAACAUAUACAUCCAAGUGCCUUAUAAAAAAGAAACACAAACCACCAAUUUAAAUCAAACAAAAUUCCAAUGUGAUAAGAAGUUAUAGUAAAAACACACAUAACUCAUGCCUGAAACAUUUAGAAAACAAAAGUUUCCGUCGGUUUUUUAUUUGUUUUUUUUUUUUUGGUUCAAGUGCGUUGUUUUAAAAAUCAAAGAAUCGAACAAAUAUAAUUAGAUCGCACAUCAGAAACAAACCACACAGAAGGAAAAACACAAAACCGCAACGUAAAAAAGUAUCCAUAAAUCUAUAUAUACUACGCCUCAUAUAUAGAGAGACCCAAAAUAAAACUAAAACAAAAACAAAGCAAGUCCAGCAGAAGAAAGAGCCGAGAAGGAGAGCCCCCAGCACACACAACAAAGACAGACAGCAGAAAUGGCAACCAAACAGCCCAGAAAAGUGGCCCCCGAUGGCGGAUGGGGAUGGGUGGCUUGUUUCGGCGUUAGUUUGGUCAACCUGGCCACCCGCUCCAUCGAGCCCUCGUUCGGCCUGCUCUUCGGCGACACCCUCAAGGAUCUCAAUGUGGGCACUACGGGAGCAGCUGUCAUCAUCAGUGCGCUGGACGUAUGCAUGAACUUCUCGGGUCUGUUUGUAGGGCCGCUGCUGAAGGAGUUCUCCUACCGCAAGGUGGCCAUCGCCGGGUCACUGCUGUGCGGCCUGGGCCUGGCGCUCACAUCGCCGGCAACGAGCAUGGCCCACAUCCUGAGCACCUAUUCGGUGAUCAACGGCAUCGGCGUGGGCCUCUCCACGUCGGCGGCCUUCGUGGCCCUCAAUCACUACUUCAAGCACAAGCGCGGCCAGGCGGUGGGCCUCUCGAUGGCCGGCACGGCCAUGGGCAUGCUGAUAAUGCCGCAGCUGGUGCGGAUCCUGCUGGAGGCGUACGACUUCCGGGGGGCGGUGCUGCUGCUGGCUGGCGUGGCCCUCAAUGCCACGGUCGGAUCGGUGCUGCUGCAGCCGGUGAAGUGGCACAUGAAGGAGGAGUUCGACGACGAGGAGCUGAUGUGCAUCUCGGCCCUGCCCACCCCGCAGCCCCAGCUGACGGUGGGCGGAGCAGGUGGCGCGGCAUCAGCUGGAGGCGCACCCGAAUUUAAGGUGAUCAAGGAGGAUGGCAACGAGGAGGACGCCCUGCCCGAGAUGAACACGCUGCUGUUCCACAAGCACCAUGCCCACCAGCACUCGAUGCGCAAGAACUACUCCGAAAUGGCAAUGAACACGAUGAAUGGCACAAGGCUGGGAUUGCCCAACAGGCCAACUUUCCCGCGGAUCAUGUCCCUGGCCGGUGUACAGUCCGCCGCCCAUGGAGCGGGCGGAGAUUCGGGCGGCUAUACAUCCCAGGCGGAGAUCAAUGCCACGCAGCUGCGCUGCCGCAAGGCCUCAGUCACCUCGAACCUCUCCUACAUGGACUUCACCGGCUCCAUUCUCCAGGUGCACCUCAACACCGGCGACGAUGAAUUCGAGCAGAACGAUCGCGAACUGCGACGUGUUGGCACCGCCACGGGCAGCAUUGUCCUCGGCGGCCAUCGGGACAGCUUCAUCAAGAUGAAGCCCACCGAGCUGGACAAGCAGACCGAGGCGGCCGCCGCCCUCGACGAGGAGGCCAAGAAGAAGGCCAAGAAGCCGAGUUUCUGGCGCCGCUUUGCCGACCUGCUGGACGUCGAUAUGCUCAAGGACAAGAUGUUCCUCAAUCUGCUGUUCGGCCUCUCCAUUUUUUAUGUGGCCGAGAUGAACUUCAAGAUGGUCACCCCCUUCUUCUUCGCCAAUCUGGGCUACCAGAAGGCAGACGUCGCCUUCUGCCUCUCGAUCACGGCCAUCUCAGAUAUCGCCGCCAGGCUUGUCGUGCCACCGAUCUUCGAUCGCACUACCAUCAAGAAGCGCACCAUUUUCCUUGUGUCUAUCAUCUUUGUGGCCCUGACCCGUUCAAUUAUGGCUGAGCAGACGGAAUGGACCCAGUUGAUGGUUUGGCUUUCGAUCUGCGGCUUCUUCCGCGGAUCCGCCCUGAGCAACUUCACCCUCACCGUAUCCGAGUACUGUUCGCUGGAAAAGCUGCCCUCGGCCUUCGGCUGGCAUCUAGUGGGCAAAGCCCUGUUUGUUAUCAUCUUAGGACCUUUCAUUGGUCUCAUUCGGGAUGUGACCGAUAGCUACCCGAUUUGCAUACACACUCAGAGUGUGUGCAUCAUGAUCUGCGCCUUGGCCUGGGGUAUCGAGUACCUGGUGGAGUACAUCCAGGCGAGACGUCGCACCGCCGAUGCCGCCCAGUUGCCAACCCAGGAUGCAGGUGUCACCUCCACGACGACAACGACGGGACAGCACGAUGUGAAGCUGUAGGUCGAUGGCGAGAAUUAUGGACCAGAGAGAUCUACUUUAAGGAAGACAGUCUCGCCGCGGGGCGGAGGGGGGAGUGCCUCCAGCGAGUACACAACUUUAAAUAUACUUAAGAGGGUCCCUGCACCACAAAAUGGGGGGCACUUGCGAACCCUCGAGUGUGUGGGGACCCAAAUCCCCCAAAAUGUAUUAAAACUCAAUUUAGUUAAUUAAUUUUUUUUCGUUUUCGCUCGUUUUUUUUUGCAAUAUGUUUAGUGAGACUUAAGAUUUUGGAGAGACAUAAUCACACACACUCCACACCACACAUAUAACCAUAUAAAAUAUAUAUACCUACUAUAGAUAAGCAUGAUUCGUCAGUUUUAGUUGUAUAAACACAUCUCUCAACUGAAACGAACCCACAAAGGAAACCACAAAAAAGUGCGUUUAAUGCUUAACGAAAAACAAAAGGAUACCCAAACUUAACUCAACUAAGUUCCCCAAUUUUCAUCUGAUUUUUGCCGUUCUCUUCCUUUUAUGUUUUUGCCUUGAAUUGUUCUCUCUUUUGUUUAAUAGUGAACUUGUAUGUGAUAGUUCAAAGAUAGUUUAUAAUUUAGAAGUUAAUCACUACUUAUAAAUACUACUGAUAUCUGCAUCUGGAAAUACAGCGAUGCGCGACAGCAAGAAAAGAAAGGAGUCUUGAAAAUUGAUGGGCUUUAAAAUGUACCUUAAGAGCGAUGUUAAGCAACGACAAAAUAACUAAACUAUACAAGUAUGAAUAAAACAAUAUAUACAUCAUGUAAA